AUGUCAAUCGAAAUUGUUCCACUGGCCGAGGCCGAUAUCCCCGGUGCCGUAGACUGCUUGCAAAGAGCCUUCUCCGAUGACCCCUACUUCCAAUGGGUAUUCAACGAACCUUCAAAGUUCAACAUCGAACGAAACGCAGCUUCUCUCGCGUCACACUUCCGAUAUGCAAUCAAUUGCGACGAUCCCUUGUUUGUUGCCCGGGUAAGCCGCGCUGCCAGCGAAGUCAAGACCGAUCACGAGAUAAAAUUGCCAGCGGGUAGCAUCGUCGGGGUAAGCUGGUGGUGUUCCCCUCGGGAGGUCUCUGUGCCUCAGACCUGGUCUGUGUGGGCGCAAGAUUGGCUCCUAUCCUUCCGACAACUCAUGAACAAUAUCCUGUUCUGGGGCCGUGGUGGAUUGAAUGCCUCACGGUACUGGGUCUAUAAGCAGGUGCAGCGGGAGACACAAAAGGAGAUUUGGAAGGAUCCGCGCGGGUACUAUUUCUGCAACGUCCUUUGCGUCAGCUCUGCUGUUCGUGGCAUGGGGGUUGGAAAGCGACUUAUGGACAUCGUUAUGGACAAGGCGGAUGCGGAGGAGAUGCCAUGUUACCUCGAGAGUUCGAAGGGGUAUCCCAACGUUCUCAUCUAUGAGAAGAUGGGAUUCGAGUUGGCCAAGGAGAUUGAGUGUGUUGAGGGUGGAGAUGUUUGCAGGCUGUAUUGCAUGCUUCGGCAGCCAAGGUCCAAGACUUGA